AUCCACCUGGGAUCCAAUCCCAAAUUCCCAAAUCCCAAAUCCCAAUCCCCAAGCCCCCAACGUUGGAUCGAGACCGAUCGCACCAGGUGAAAGCGGCCUUGAUCACGACUUGCCCGCGCGCCGCCUCGUCCGACGGCGCCGCGCAUCCAGCGACGGCGCUCCCGCCGCCACGGCGUUGCGUUCAGCCGUUCACCCCGCCUCCGACCCCGUUCCGCUCACCCCCUCUCCCUCCCUCGCCUUCCUUCGCUUGCGGCGACGUCGUCUGGGCGAGCGCCGCCCCGCCGCCCUUAGCCAGCCGCGUUUGACUGUCUGAUCACUGAUGAUGAUGGCGAUACAUUGACUCCAGUCUGGUGGCAAGAUGAACGUGCCUGGGCAGAUGUCGGGGCAGCCAGCUCAGAUGAACUUAGGUGGCGGCAGGGGGCUGCAGCAGCACCAACCUCUGCAAGUUGCUUCGUGCCACCUUGACAUGGAUCCUCAGUUCUUAAAAAUGCGCAGCAUCAUGCACCGGAAUAUAGUUGAUCGGCUUAUGAAGACACAGAAUUUUGCUGAGAACCAGAGCCUUGAGAAAAUUGCAGAUAGGUUAGAGAAAUUUUUGUACAGACAGCAUCCAACAAAGGCUGACUACUAUGCAAUGCUGAAAGAACCAAUCGACCCACAUUUGCAAGUUGCUGUUAGGGCCUUCUCGAACCAUGGUGGUCAUCAGCGUCAACAAAUGUCGCAUCAGACACCAACUUCCUCCCGCUGUGGCACAAUGGUUCCAACACCUGGUAUCUCUCAAAGUUCCAUGUCCGAUGGAUACCAGGAUCCAUCCAUCAAUGUACUACAAAAUUCCAUGGCUAUUAGUGACUCGUCAGUGAUGUGUCCAGUGGGUAUGCAACGACAGGUAGCUCAUAUGAUUCCAACUCCAGGAUUUAGCCAUCAUCAGCUUUUAUCUCCCAAUCCUGCUUACUCAAAUGGAGCUGGAUACCUCAAUGGGGAGUCGAAUGACAUACAACAAGUGCACGAGCAGAAACCGGUGCCAUUUUCUAUCAACCAAAGUAGCUAUUCAAUGCAGCAUCUAGGUACCCAUGUCGGUUCUGGAGUACAUUCAAGAAUAUUGGAGGAUUCCUCCCCAUAUGGUUUGUCAGAUCCACAAAUCAAUGGUGAUAUGGGUUUGCCUGGCCCGAAUAUGCAGCUACCAUACAGAACUGUAGGAGCAAAAGAAUUUAUGAAUUUACCUCCUUAUGGCAAUUCACCGGAAAAACCGCUGCAGCAAGAAUUCAUUUGUCAUCUCCCACGGGGAACACCAACAUCUUCUUGUGUUUCUGGGAAUUUUUAUGGCACCGUUUCUUCAAGUUCAACACCUACAGGUAACCAGAACAUGAAUGCUGCACAAAUAUUAUCCACUUCAAGAAUGGAGUUUGCUUUGCUUACAAGUCAGACAACCCAGCAACCGCUUCAACCAAAAUCUGUUAUAAAAUCUGAGGUAUUGGAUCAAACAGAAAAUGUGAACAUUAGGAAAUCACACUUCCCGUACCAACAUCAGCAGCAAAAUUAUUUCGAGCCUAAUCAUCGUUGUUCCCAGUUUGUGAAGGAAUCGGAGCUUGGUUCUUGUCGUGAUGAGCAACUAUUUAAUCAAGAAAUUUUACCAUAUGAUGAAUUAAUGUAUUCAGACAAAAGCAACCAGACGUAUCGACAAUACGUUUCUGAUAAUAACAUUCAGGUCACUAUGGAUUCUCAGCAGUUAUUAUCUUCACAUGUGAAAGAUACUGAACUGAUGAAUAGUAUGUUUCAGAGAACCAUGUCACAAGAUGCAGCAGAACAACAUUUUUCACCUGAUUGGCUCAAUACUGGUUGUGCUAUGACUCCAAUUGAUCACAAACUAUCCAAGCUUCCAUCAAAAGGAUCUGAACAGGCAACAAAUAAAUGCUAUCUACAAUCACGGUGGCCGAUCAUGUUCAUUCAUGCAAAUUUUUGUCCAGGUCCUUUUAGAGGUAGUUGUAAAUCACAAGAUUGUGCUCAUGCGCAGGAGAUAUUGAAGCAUUCUAAUGACUGUCAAGUAAGAGAUUGCUUGUAUGGUCAAUGUAAACAAUCAAAAGAGGCUAUUUAUCACUACAAUAAUUGUGUCAAUAAGCAUUGUCUUAUAUGUAGGGAAGCAUUUGAAAGUCUGAGCCACUAUUGUGAUCAAACAAGCAAGCAGAAUACAAUUGAAAGGAGUAUCAAUGGGGCACAUGGUGACAGAAUGGGCAUCAACAUGGUGGCAGCUGAAACCUUUGAUGAUCAACCACCUAUAUCAAAGAGGUUAAGGUUGCAACCUAUGCCUCCUAAUGUGUUUGAUUGUGAUGAUGCCUAUGUUCCUCAAGCAUGCCCAAAUUUUGUGUCGCAGCAAGCUCAUCCUAAGCAUCUUGGGCAGGAUAGAAGGAUAUUCCCGAAACAAGAGCAAAACAUUGAGAUUGAUAUACAGCCACCGCAAAGGGUAGAGAUAAUUGGAUCUGGUACUAUUGGUAAAACAAGUGCAAUUCAAAGUUAUGAGAUUCCUGGUGUUUCAAAUGGUGUUUCAAAUGAGCUAGAUUCUCAUAUCAAGAAAGAAAAUUGGUUGCCCAAUAAAGAUACAAAUGAAAGUGCUCUAGAUAUUAAGGAUAGUGCAAAUGGCUCUACAAAUGCCAUGAUGCCCAACAUAGAGAAAACAAAGAGAAAAGGUAUUUCACUCAUGGAAUUGUUCACUCCAGAUCAAAUAUAUGAACAUGUCCGUAGUCUAAGACAGUGGGUUGGUCAGAGUAAGGCUAAAGCUGAAAAGAAUCAAGUAAUAGGACAUUCCGAGAACUUGAACUCAUGCCAGCUUUGCAAAGUAGAAAAGCUUUUCUUUGAACCUCCACCUAAAUAUUGUUCUUCUUGUGGUGCUCGGAUAAAACGGAAUGCACCAUAUUAUAGUGGUUCUAUCACUGAAAGUGGUUCCUACUAUUUUUGUGUACCAUGUUACAGUGAGUCUCGCAGUGAAUCGAUUUUAGUGAACAACAUUCAACUGCUCAAGACAAAACUUGCAAAAAAAAGAAACGAUGAUGAGCUUGAAGAAGCAUGGGUUGCAUGUGACAAAUGUAAACGCUGGCAGCACCAGAUUUGUGCUCUUUUUAAUGCCAAAAGGAAUGAUGAAGAAAAAGAUGCUGAAUAUAUUUGCCAUAGUUGUUAUAUUCAAGAGAUAGAAAAUGGCAUGCGCACACCUUUACCACAGAAUACCAUUCCUGGGGCAAAAGAUCUGCAGAGGACAGUACUUAGCGAUCAUAUUGAAGAGCGCCUUUUUCAACGCCUCAAAGAGGAGAGACAGAACAGGGCCAACAAAUAUGGGAAAAAAUUCGAUGAGGUUCCUGGAGCAGAAGGGCUUGUUGUCAGAGUUGUUUCAUCAGUGGACAAGAAACUGGAAGUUAAACCACAUUUUUUGGAGAUUUUUCGAGAAGAGAAUUACCCAGCAGAGUUUCCUUACAGGUCCAAGGCCAUUCUUUUAUUUCAGAGAAUAGAAGGUGUGGAAGUAUGCCUAUUUGGCAUGUAUGUGCAAGAAUUCGGAGCAGAAUGUGCAUUCCCAAACCAACGCUGGGUUUAUUUGUCGUACCUUGAUUCUGUCAAAUACUUUAGACCUGAGAUUGAAACUGUUUCUGGUGAAGCUUUACGGACGUUUGUCUACCAUGAAAUUCUGAUAGGUUAUCUCCAGUAUUGUAAGCAGCGGGGGUUCACCAGUUGUUACAUAUGGGCGUGCCCACCUUUCAAAGGUGAAGAUUACAUUAUGUAUUGCCAUCCAGAGAUUCAGAAGACACCAAAGUCCGACAAACUGCGAGAAUGGUACUUAUCUAUGCUUCGGAAAGCUACUAAUGAGGGUAUAGUUGUUGAGCUGACCAAUCUAUACGAGCACUUUUUUAACCCCAAGACAGAUUGCAAGGCUAAAGUGACCGCAGCUCGCUUGCCAUAUUUUGAUGGUGAUUAUUGGCCUGGAGCUGCAGAAGAUAUAAUCAACCAAAUUUGCCUUCCAGAAGAUGACAGAAAUCUGCAGAAGAAGGGAAAGUUAAAGAAGACUAUCACAAAAAGAUCUUUGAAACUUGCUGGUAUUACUGAUUUAAGUGGGAAUGCUUCGAAGGAUGCUAUGCUCAUGCAAAAGCUCGGAGAAGCCAUUUACCCAAUGAAAGAAGAUCUCAUCACGGUCCAUUUGCAAUAUUCUUGCCAUCACUGCUGUAUCCCUAUGGUGUCCGGAAGACGUUGGGUCUGCAAUCAAUGCAAAAGCUUUUAUAUCUGUGACAAGUGUUAUAAUGUAGAAGAACAGCAUGAAGAGAAGGAGAGGCACCCGAGUAAUAGUACUGACUUCCAUAUAUUGCAUCCUGUUGAAAUUGAUGGGGUGCCUAAAGAUACCAAGGACAGAGAUGGCAUCUUAGAAAGUGAAUUUUUUGACACCAGGCAGGCAUUCCUGAGUCUCUGUCAAGGAAACCAUUAUCAAUAUGAUACCCUUCGCGGUGCAAAGCAUUCCUCAAUGAUGGUGCUAUACCAUCUUCAUAAUCCAACUGAACCCGCUUUCGUUACCACAUGUGAUAUCUGCAAGAACGAUAUCAGAACUGGUCAAGGAUGGCGGUGCAAAGAAUGCGAUUAUGAUGAGUGUGCUGCUUGCUACAAACACAAUGAAGGGGCCAAUCAUGUCCACAAGUUAACUAAGCAUCCAGCAGGAUCAGACAUGGAUGCUCAACAAAAGAAGAGUGUUGAAACGACAGAGAUAUUGCUUCAACUUUUGGCGCACGCGGGAUCUUGCCCAGCUCGUGGUGGUUGCCAUUAUCCCAACUGUCGAAAAUUGAAGUCACUCUUCCAUCAUGGAGCACAGUGCAAGAUACGUUCAUCAGGAGGCUGUCGUCUGUGUAAGAAAGUGUGGAGCUUUAUUCAACUCCAUGCCAGAGUGUGCAAAGAAUCACAAUGCAAUAUGCCAAGAUGCAGGGAUCAGAAAGAGCUUUGGAGAAAGCUGCAACUGAUGCAAUGGCAGUCUGAGUCCCGGAGGCGUGCUGCCGUCAACCAAAUGAUGAUGCAACGGCAGUUGGAGUCCAGUAACCGGGCUGCAGGAAAUGGUGUGAAUGUGUAAGGCAGAUUAAGAGGACCUGCAUAGUAACAGGGUCAAUGCAUACUGGAGACGAAAUGUCUUCCAUUUUAACCUUCUUUCUCAGUUCACCUGCCUGGAAGUGGCACUGCAGCUGGUGCUUCAUCCUGACAUGCUUUUGUUCAUGAUGUUUAGACCCGGUCUUUUAUCUCUGUCGCUCAUGUAUGAUAGAUAGGUUUCUAGGCAAGUGUCAAUUGAUGAGAAAUUUUUGUUGUAGCUUUUUCUUUGGCCAAUUCUUCCCCAGACCCCGCACAGUGCGGGAAACCUACGGCACUGGGUACGCCUUUUUCUUUGGCCAAUUCUUUUUUAUUCAUUGAUUUCCGUCCUCACAUUUUGUGAAUUUAUAUAAAGAACAUAAAAUCGCCUCAUCUUUGCAUAUUCA